AUGUCAUCAGCAAGAUUACUACAAUCAGCUCCAUCAAAGUUGAAGUUGCCAAGACUUCAACGGCCUGGUGCCCCCUCAAAAGAUUUCUUUGUCCGACAAGGCUAUAAACCAAACGCAAAAGAAAAAGAAAACGUCAAUCAAAAAGAAAAAGAAGUUCUAACAUCACAAAACAUAAAUCAUAAAACAAAAGCCUUUAUAAUAUGCACAAAGUACGGCGCUUUGUUGAUAGACAAAGAGUUGGACCCUCAAUCAGAGUACACAGUGUGUGCCGAAAACACAUGUGUCAAAAUGAAAAGUGAUCACAAAACAGAACUUGCUCUGCCGGCAAAAAUAACAACACAUGAACAUCUUAUAACAUGGAGAAAAAAGCAAAUUAAAAAGAAUGAAUAUCGUGAAGAAUCGUUCAAAUAUACAACAAUCAACAAAACUUGCCCAGCAAACGAGUUCUGCGAAAAAAUUGAUUGUUGGCUCUGCAAAGAAAAAUGGAGUAAUCCACAAUGUCAUCCAAUUUUGACUUGUUUAUUAGUAACAAUUCUAUUAAUUAUUUCAUGUUUGUCAAUUUUCAAAUGCUCAAAACCAUUUCUAACAAAAACAAAGAAAAAGUUAUCAGACAAAAAAGUGAGGUUCAAAAAAGCAGAUGAAACAAUUGAGAUAGAAGACAAGACGGAAGAAGAAGAAGAAGAAAUCAAAUCUAUACAAUCAAAUAAUUCAAACUUUUCUAAUAGAUCAAUUCAACCUUCACGAUUAGCAAAUAUACCUAUUUUGAUAACAAUUCUGAUGUUUAUAAUAAGUAAAGCAGAAGGUUGUGACAUGAUAAUACCGAUCAAUCACAAAGAAAUACUAAAUGGAAAAUUAAAAUCUAUAGAAGAUAUCUUCAUGUCACCAAUGUCAACAGAAGUGUGUUUGAACAUCAAAUACAACAAUCAGAUGAUUUCAUCUUAUAAAAUCAAAAAAGUUCAAACAAAACAAGUAUGCCUAGAAGGGAAAAAAUUGUUUAUCAAAAAUGCAACAGUGGAAACACAAUCUGUAAAACAUUGCGGAUCUGUAGGAAAAUGUUCAGGAGGAAAAUGUAAAGAUAUCCACCCAGAUACAAAACUAGAAGAAUUAGAAUUUGCGAACAACUUUGUUGGACGAACAUACUGCUCAUCCAGCUGCGGCGGAUGGGGUUGCGGGUGUCUGUCACUGACAGACGGAUGUAUGUUCUACAGGAACUUCGCAAUAUAUGAUAAAAGAAAAACACUAGAACUUUUCGAAUGUGCCGGAUGGACAUCUGAAACACAUUUUUCAAUUGAAUAUAAUCACAAAACAAAGUCAAAAAAUGCAAGUAUUUCACUAAGAGAAGGUUUUUCAAAAGAAAUUCAAUUCGAUGAUAAUGAAAAAAUAACAGUGGCCUUGAUAUCAGCCGAUGAUGGAAUUGGACUAAAUUUUGUAUCAAAACAAUUUUUGAGGUUUGAAGACUCUCUAGCAAUGGUAAAAAUUGAAGAAAAUGAUAUUGCAGUAAAAUGUAAUGAAAAGGAGGAAUGCACAUACAAUGAAGUAUGUAAGUGCACAAAUGGAGAAGAAGAAGUAUUUUGUUCAUGUAAGGAAAAAGAUUUCAUUGGAAUGUUUAAUAGUUACGACAGUCAACUGCCAAUAAUCAAUGAAAAGUGGACAAUAGAAGCAGUAGCAGGUGCUCCAACAAUUGUUACAAAAAGAGGCAAGAUACAUUUACAAGUAAUAAUGGAAGAACUUUUGGAAAACAGGAUAAUGUUUGAAAACGAGAACUGCUCAAUAAUUGAUUACACAGAAUUACAAGGGUGCUUUGGAUGCGAAAAAGGAGCAGUCGCAAGUUUAACUUGUGAAUCAGAAAAUGACAGUCAUGCAUUUCUAGAGUGCGAAAAUUUUGAAACAACUUUGACGUGUAAAAACGGUGGAGAGCACAAUUUGAUCCGAAGACAUUUUUCAAAAAGCAAAAUUAGCGAAACAUGUCAAGUAUCAUGCGGUGAUUUCAGAAUAUCAGUACCAUUUGAAGGAACUUUACAUUACAUCCCACCAGAAGAAAACGAAAAGAAAAAUGAAUCUAACAAAGGAAAAGAUAAUUUUGAACCACAUAUCCCAAAAAUACCUUCCCCAGCAUGGUGGACUACAAUAGACAUUAUUUUUGAAAACCUUCCAAAAAUAAUUGGAAUGCUCAUAUUGGGAAUUAUUGGAAUAAUUAUCAUUGCGAAGUCAGUAACAUGUUUACUGAAACUAAUAUAA